AUGAGCCAGUUUCAGGUGCCCCUGGUGGUCCAGCCGGACCUGCCAGGCCUUUAUGACUUUCCUCAGGGCCAGGUGAUGGUAGGGGGCUUCCCAGGGCCUGGGAUCCCCAUGGCCGGGAGUGAGCCCCAGCUCCGAGGGGGUGGAGAUGGGCGAAAGAAGCGGAAACGGUGUGGUAUUUGUGAGCCCUGCCGGCGGCUGGAAAACUGCGGGGCUUGCACUAGCUGUACCAACCGCCGCACGCACCAGAUCUGCAAACUGCGCAAGUGUGAGGUGCUGAAGAAAAAAGUGGGGCUUCUCAAGGAGGUGGAAAUAAAGGCUGGUGAAGGAGCCGGGCCGUGGAGACAAGGAGCGGCUGUCAAGACAGGCUCAGAGCUCAGCCCAGUUGAUGGACCUGUUCCAGGUCAGAUGGACUCAGGGCCAGUAUACCAUGGGGACUCACAGCCACUAAGCGCCACAGGGGCGCCGGUCAAUGGUGCUAGAGAGCCCGCUGGACCCAAUCUGCUGGGUGCUGGGGGUCCUUGGCGGGUAGACCAAAAGCCCGACUGGGAGGCUGCCCCAGGCCCAGCUCAUACUGCUCGCCUGGAAGAUGCCCACGAUUUGGUGGCCUUUUCGGCUGUGGCCGAAGCUGUGUCCUCUUAUGGGGCCCUUAGCACCCGGCUCUAUGAAACCUUCAACCGUGAGAUGAGUCGCGAGGCUGGGAACAACAGGGGCCCCCGGCCAGCUCCCGAGAGCUGCUCCGCUGCUGGCAGCGAAGACCUUGACACAUUGCAGGCAGCACUGACCCUUGCACGGCAUGGCAUGAAACCACCCAACUGCAACUGCGAUGGCCCUGAGUGUCCUGACUACCUCGAGUGGCUGGAGGGGAAGAUCAAGUCUGUGGUCAUGGAAGGAGGGGAGGAGCGGCCCAGACUCCCAGGGCCUCUGCCUCCUGGUGAGACUGGCCUCCCAGCACCAAGCUCCAGGCCGCUCCUCAGCUCUGAGACCCCCCAGUUACCUCCCCCAGAGGGCCUACCCCUGUCCCAGAGUGCCCUGCCCCUGUCCCAGAGUGCCCUGCCCCUGUCCCAGAGUGCCCUGAGCAUCGCCAAGGAAAAAAACAUCAGCCUGCAGACCGCCAUCGCCAUCGAGGCCCUCACACAGCUCUCCUCUGCUCUUCCCCAGCCUUCUCAUUCCACCCCCCAGGCUUCUUGUCCCCUCCCUGAGGCCUUGUCCCCUCCUGCCCCUUUCAGAUCUCCCCAAUCUUACCUUCGGACGCCCUCGUGGCCUGUGGUUCCCACUGAAGAACACCCGUCCUUUGCUCCUGACAGCCCUGCCUUCCCUCCGGCCACUCCGAGAACUGAGUUUCCCGAAGCCUGGGGCACCGACACCCCGCCAGCAACACCCCGAAGCUCCUGGCCCAUGCCCCGCCCCAGCCCCGACCCCAUGGCUGAACUGGAACAGUUGCUGGGCAGCGCCAGUGAUUACAUCCAGUCAGUGUUUAAGCGGCCUGAGGCCCUGCCCUCCAAGCCCAAGGUCAAGGUGGAGGGGCCCUCUUCCUCUCCAGCCCCCUCUCCAGCCCCUGCUCUCCAGAGGGAGGUUCCUCCCCCACCCUCCGAGCCUGAUGCCCACCAGAAGGCCCAGACUGCCCUGCAGCAGCACCUGCACCACAAGCGCAACCUCUUCCUGGAACUGGCCCACGACGCCUCCUUCCCCCCUCCCUCAGAGCCUCCUGCUCCUGGCUGGUGGGCCCCGCCAAGCUCGCCGGCCCCACGGCCUCCCGACAGACCACCCAAGGAGAAGAAGAAGAAGCCCCCCACAACAGCCGGAGGUCCCGUGGGAGCAGAGAAGGCUGCCCCUGGGAUCAAGCCCAGUGUCCGGAAGCCCAUUCAGAUCAAGAAGUCCAGGCCCCGGGAAGCACAGCCCCUCUUCCCACCCAUUCGGCAGAUUAUCCUGGAAGGGCUGCGGUCCCCAGCUGCUGAGGAGGUGCAGGCACAACCACCUGCCCCUCCCCCUGCCUCACAGGUCUCGACUGUCCCCCUGCCCCCAGAACCUUCUCUUGCGCUAUUUGCACCUAGUCCCUCCGGGGACAGCCUGCUGCCCCCUACUCAGGAAAUGAGGUCCCCCAGCCCCAUGGCAACCCUGCAGCCAGGCUCCACCGGCCCUCUUCCCCCUGCCGAUGACAAGCUGGAAGAGCUCAUCCGACAGUUUGAGGCUGAAUUUGGGGAUAGCUUUGGGCUUCCCGGCCCCCCUUCUGUGCCCAUUCAGGACCCUGAGAACCAGCCAACGUGUCUCCCAGCCCCCGAGAGCCCCUUUGCUACCCGCUCCCCCAAGCAAAUCAAGAUUGAGUCUUCGGGAGCUGUGACUGUGCUUUCAACCACCUGUUUCCAUUCAGAGGAGGGAGACCAGGAGGCCACACCCACCAAGGCUGAGAACCCACUCACACCCACCCUCAGUGGCUUCUUGGAGUCACCUCUUAAGUACCUGGACACACCCACCAAGAGUUUGCUGGACACACCUGCCAAGAGAGCCCAGGCCGAGUUCCCCACCUGUGACUGCGUCGAACAAAUAGUGGAGAAAGAUGAAGGUCCUUAUUAUACUCACCUGGGAUCUGGCCCCACGGUAGCCUCUAUCCGGGAACUCAUGGAAGAGCGGUAUGGAGAGAAGGGGAAAGCCAUCCGGAUCGAGAAGGUCAUCUACACCGGGAAGGAGGGGAAGAGCUCCCGUGGCUGCCCCAUUGCAAAGUGGGUGAUCCGCAGGCACACGCUGGAGGAGAAGCUGCUUUGCCUGGUGCGGCACAGGGCAGGUCACCACUGCCAGAAUGCCGUGAUCGUCAUCCUCAUCCUGGCCUGGGAAGGCAUCCCCCGUAGCCUCGGAGACACCCUCUACCAAGAGCUCACCGAUACCCUCCGGAAGUACGGGAACCCCACCAGCCGGAGAUGCGGCCUCAACGAUGACCGGACCUGCGCUUGCCAAGGCAAAGACCCUAACACCUGUGGUGCCUCCUUCUCCUUUGGCUGUUCCUGGAGCAUGUACUUCAAUGGCUGCAAAUAUGCUCGGAGCAAGACACCUCGCAAGUUCCGCCUUGCUGGGGACAAUCCCAAAGAGGAAGAAGUGCUCCGGAAGAGUUUCCAGGACCUGGCUACUGAAGUUGCCCCCCUGUACAAGCGGCUGGCCCCUCAGGCCUAUCAGAACCAGGUAACCAAUGAGGAAAUAGCGAUCGACUGCCGCCUAGGGCUGAAGGAAGGGCGACCCUUCGCGGGGGUCACCGCCUGCAUGGACUUCUGUGCCCACGCCCACAAGGACCAGCAUAACCUCUACAAUGGGUGCACCGUGGUCUGCACCCUCACUAAGGAAGACAAUCGCUGUGUGGGCAAGAUUCCCGAGGAUGAGCAGCUGCACGUUCUCCCUCUGUACAAGAUGGCCAGCACGGAUGAGUUUGGCAGCGAGGAGAACCAGAAUGCCAAGGUGGGCAGCGGGGCCAUCCAGGUGCUCACCGCUUUCCCCCGCGAGGUCCGACGCCUGCCUGAGCCUGCCAAGUCUUGUCGCCAGCGGCAGCUGGAAGCUAGAAAGGCGGCAGCCGAGAAGAAGAAGAUGCAGAAGGAGAAACUGAGCACUCCAGAGAAGAUCAAGCAGGAGGCCCUGGAGCUGGCGGGUGUCCCGACUGACCCAGGCCUGUCUCUGAAAGGUGGGUUGUCCCAGCAAGGCCUGAAGCCCUCCCUCAAGGUGGAGCCCCAGAACCACUUCAGCUCCUUCAAGUACAGCGGCAACGCAGUGGUGGAGAGCUACUCAGUGCUGGGCAACUGCCGGCCCUCUGACCCCUACAGCAUGAAUAGCGUGUAUUCCUACCACUCCUACUAUGCACAGCCCAGCCUGACCUCUGUCAACGGCUUCCACUCCAAGUAUGCUCUUCCGUCGUUUGGCUACUAUGGCUUUCCAUCCAGCAACCCGGUCUUCCCCUCCCAGUUCCUGGGUCCUGGUGCCUGGGGGCACAGUGGCAGCAAUAGCAGUUUUGAGAAGAAGCCAGACCUCCAUGCUCUGCACAACAGCCUAAGCCCGGCCUACGGUGGUGCUGAGUUUGCCGAGCUGCCCAGCCAGACUGUUCCCACGGAUGCCCACCACCCCACUCCUCACCACCAGCAGCCUGCUUAUCCAGGCCCCAAGGAGUAUCUGCUUCCCAAGGCCCCCCAGAUCCACCCGGUGUCCAGGGACCCCUCUCCCUUUGUUCAGAGCUCCAAUUGCUACAACAGAUCCAUCAAGCAAGAGCCAGUCGACCCCUUGAUCCAGGCUGAAUCUGUACCCAGAGACAUGGGUAAGAUGGGCAAAACACCUUUGCCAGAGGCAUCUCAGAAUGGAGGCCCCAGUCACCUAUGGGGACAGUACGCAGGAGGCCCAAGGAUGUCCCCCAAGAGGACUAACAGUAUGGGCAGCAGCUGGGGUGUGUUCCCUUCUGGGGAGAGCCCUGCCAUUGUCCCCGACAAGCUCAGCUCCUUUGGGGCCGGCUGCCUGACUCCUUCCCACUUCCCAGAUGGCCAGUGGGGGCUGUUCCCCGGUGAGGGGCAACCAUCGACUCCCCAUCCUGGAGGACAACUGCGAGGCAAACCGUGGAGCCCCUGCAAGUUUGGGAACAGUGCCUCAGCCCUGGCUGGGUCCAGCCUGUCUGAGAAACCGUGGGGACUAGGGGUGGGGGAUUUCAACUCGGCCCUGAAAGGUGGCCCCGGGUUCCAAGACAAGCUGUGGCACCCCAUGAAAGGGGAGGAGGGAAGGAUCCCAACCCCCGGGGCCAGUCAGCUGGACAAAGCCUGGCAGUCCUUCGGCAUGCCCCUGGGUUCCAGCGAGAAGCUGUUUGGGGCCCUGAAGUCUGAGGAAAAGCUGUGGGAUCCCUUUGGCCUGGAGGAGGGGUCCGCCGAGGAGGCCUCCAGCAAGGGGGUGGUGAGGGAGGAGAAGAGCAGCGGGGGCAGUGGUGGUGCCGAGGAGGAGGAGGAGGAGCUGUGGUCGGAUAGCGAACACAACUUCCUAGACGAAAACAUCGGCGGCGUGGCCGUGGCCCCUGCUCACGGCUCCAUCCUCAUCGAGUGUGCCCGGCGGGAGCUGCAUGCCACCACACCACUCAAGAAGCCCAACCGCUGCCACCCCACCCGCAUCUCGCUGGUCUUCUACCAGCACAAGAACCUCAACCAGCCCAACCACGGGCUGGCCCUCUGGGAAGCCAAGAUGAAGCAGCUGGCAGAGAGGGCGCGGGCACGGCAGGAGGAGGCCGCCCGGCUGGGCCUGGGACAGCAGGAGGCCAAGCUCUACGGGAAGAAGCGCAAGUGGGGAGGCGCCAUGGUCGCCGAGCCCCAGCAGAAGGAGAAGAAGGGGGUUGUCCCCACCCGGCAGGCGCUGGCCGUGCCCACGGACUCCGCGGUCACCGUGUCCUCCUACGCCUACACGAAGGUCACUGGCCCCUACAGCCGCUGGAUCUAGGUGCCAGGGAGCCAGCGUACCUCAGCGUCGGGCCCAGCCCGAGCUGCCUCUGUGGUGCUUUUGCCCUCACUCCUGGGGGCGGGUUGGGGGUGCAAAAGUGUUUUUAUCUAUAUAUACAUAUAUGGAUAUGCAUAUCAUAUAUAUGUAUUUAUGGUCCAAACCUCAGAACUGACCCGCCCCUCCCUUCCCCCUACUUCCCCAGCACUUUGAAGAAGAAACUACGGCUGUCGGGUGAUUUUUCCGUGAUCUUAAUAUUUAUAUCUCCAAGUUGUUUUUUUCCCCCUUGUUUGGGGGGCUUUUAUUUUCUCUUUGUUUUUAAAAACUCUAUCCUUGUAUAUCACAAUAAUGGAAAGAAAGUUUAUAGUGUCCUUUCACAAAGGAGUAGUUUUAAAUUCCAUUUAAAAUGUGUAUUUAUUGGAUUUUUUUAAAGCGACAAUAGUAAUGGUAAAGGAUUGGCAGGAAAGGCCAGCAGUGCUCGUCCCUGCCUGGCGAGCCCAGCCUCUCAGGCGCUGGCAAGGCCCUCUCAGCCAUCUGCCCCUCACGAGCCAAGUACGGAUUGUAGCCACCCAGUCCCUCCCUCCUGACAGCUACCCCUUCCCUUUGAGGAAGGGAGCCCUCAGGACAGCCUCUGUCCUCUUGGUAGGAUGGGAGAAUUGCAGAAAAAAGCAUCUGGGGUCCCUUUUCCAGUCACCGGCUUGGAGUCGAGGGGCAGAUGCACCCCAGGCCAGGCCCUGAGACGCUGGCAUAGAUUUCCCCAGAAACCAGGUUGGAAGUAGAUGGCUUCAAGCUUUGCUAGUCUCCACACUGAAUCCUCUCUGUCCGUUAAGUCACAUGAUGUCAUGGUUCCCUAGGCAGCACCUCACGAUGGAGCGGGAGUUGCGAGGCUCUUAAGGGCCGCGUCCACCACGUUGCCAAGCUGAUGAAUACUGGGCUGAAGGAAUGUGUCUUAGUGGCAGUUGUUAAAGAUGCCCCAAAGUCUAUGCUGAUACUGAAAAAGGGCUACUGUAUCUUCAAAAACAGGAAGUUGAACCAAGCUGUGAAAAGCCAGCGGUGCUCUGGGCAUGGUGCUGUGCAGAGUCUGGUGCUGUAGUGUGGUGCUGGGACUUUCUUGACUCUUGGGCAGGUCGCAUCCUGCGGGAGCUCAGCAAACCAGUGUAACAGCAGUUCACACAUCUACCCUUAUCCUGGAUUUCCACAUUGGACAAUGGUGCAUGCCUCACACCUGAGCCCACCCCUCCAAGCUAUGGGGGGGGGGGGGGCUACACUUAAUUUUAAAGUGCAAGAGUCAAACGUUUUCAGCAGGUUGCUGUGAUUUUCCUCCCUAAUUGGUGCCAUUUCUCCACUUGAUCAUUUUCUUUAUUACUUCCUUCCCUCUCCGCCCACUUUAACAUACCUGUUCUAAAAUUCUGGUGCAUUCAUUUGGUUCUUUGAAGUGAGAAUGUGGUGCUUAAUUUUUGUGACAUUGGUGAGAGAGGCUGGGCCUGACAGGUGGAAGCAACACUCAUCUACAGCAAGUCAGACUUCUUGGAGUGUUGGUUUUUCCUGUGGUAUUAGCAGAAAUAAUAUCAAGCUACCCACAUGGGUGUGCGUGGUGAAUGGGGGGCUUUAUCAGGACACACAGAGGGAAAUAUGGCCACACAGUGAAUGACCACCAAGUCCUGAGUUUAACAUCAGAAUUGUCUGUUGAGCAGUUGUGUUCAGCUGUGGGUCUUCAUCAACUGAGUUUAACAAUCAGAUGACAGUGCUAAAGGCAAGUUCCUGAACUUCCAGGUGCCUUGUGUAAGAGCUGAGAGCUGACCCGCUGGGUGUUGACUGUAGCUGUUUGGAAGCACUGGCGGAUGGUCGCUGUAAGAUGUCCUUGAGCAUUUAUGUGGUCUGGUUUUAACUGUAAAUAGUGAAAGAUUUUUUUAAGCACUUUUGCCUAGAUUUAAGCAGCAACUUGAAAAAAAAAAAGUAUGUUUUAACAUGUAAUUGUGGGAGAAAUUGUAAAUAGUAGCUGAAUAUUUAACGUGCUUUGUCUAUCCUCCACUUUUACCAUAUUCUGUAAAGUUGCAUUUAUUUUACAGGACAAAAAUGAAAUAUUAUUGCUUUUGAAAUAAAUACCCAAGAGCUUAUCAGGAUUUAGAAUUAUUCAGAACUCAGAUUUAUAGGAAAAUCUCUGACCUUCAGUUUGACAAGCUAAAGGAAGCAGAGUCUUUCAUGAGCAUGCUAAUUUUCUAGUUUUGAGGGAAAAAAAAUUGGGUCCUUUAAAUGCUAUUUUGCUUAUCGCAUCAGUACUUUUAUGCAGGUCUCAUUUGACUCCGUGCUUAGGUAGUUGCGGGGGUGCCUUGAAAACUUCAUUUUAAAUGAUCUUAAGCAAGAAAUACACUAUUUUGCAAAACAUUUGGAGAAUGUGACCGUCUGUAUGACCCGUGAAGCCCCAGGUUGGCUGUUGGUUUGGAAGGUCCCUAGUGUAACCCAGGUGAUUCUGAUACUUGGCAUGUGUGAAUCUUCCUGAUGUAUGUUCAAUAUACUCCUCCCCUCAUCGUCCUCUGCUAGCAAAGCCAUUAGAUGAAAGGAGAAACCAAUACAAGCUAAAAGCAUGCGACAUCUGUCCCCCCAGCCCAAACAGCCUUGGUUUGUAAGUUUCUAGAUCAGGAAGCCGGCUGCUGAGAGGCGAGUCAAGAGGCAGUCUCCAUUGGAUGUUCCCACUCCCCUCAGAAUGGCGUUUUGAGAGUUAGGUGGUGCUGUUGCCGUGCUCAAGCCCCUGCUGAUUUGUACACACUACAUGUAUAACCUACCUCAAAUCUCAGUCAUUGAAAUUAGCAUGCUUUAGACUUAUAUUUAAAAAGUAACUAUGCACAGCUCUUUAAUCCCCCCUUGCUGCUGAAGGUUUCUUAAAGAGAAAAAUCAAAUUUUUAUUUUUUACUGGCACUAUCAUUUUUUAAAUCCUAAAGAUGAUUAACAGACAUUUUUAUCAUGAGAAGAAAAAUAAAGCCAUUGCAACUGAAGAACCUAACAGCAUGACAGAGUUUUAAGAGUAAUUCUAAGCAACAGAAAACGAUGGAGUCUUAUAGUCAUCUCCCCAGUGUACCCUGUCCACGGACACCAUCCACAUGCAGUGCAAAUAUUUGUUUCCUGUUUUGCUUUGUUUGAUUUUCCCUGCCUGUUGUGUGCAAGGGAAGUACUUGCAGAGUUCUGUGCUAAGAGGUUUUCAAAACUAAAAAUCACUUCGCAGCAGAUUCUCACAAAAUAACUGGUGCUAGCUCAAGAAACCAUUAACUGUCAGAGAUCUUGACUAAAGGUGUUGCAUGGAUCUGGGGGGCUUUUUCGUUUUUGUUGUUGGGUCUGGUUUUUUCAGGGCCUGAGUUUCCCACACCCCAGCUUCAUGAUGGGUACUGCUUUGCCUUCUCACCAAGAUGACAGUGGUGUGCGUGGAAAGAGAUGAUACCCUCCCCCCUUGGUCCUUCCACCAGCCUCUUUUGGAAACAAUAGUUUGCAGAGCAAGGGAUUUUUAAAGUGCUAAAGCAAGGGAAGGAGUAGCAGAGCUUAACUGCUUUGUAUCAAGCAGCAGUAAAUGUGUGAGGAUGGUUGGCAAUGUGUAGACGAUACCUGAUUUCACUGAGAGAAAUCCGACCAGACUUGUUUCUCGAAGGGUAAUCAAUGCGAGAUCUCAAACCAAGGCAAAGCUGGUGGAAAAUUAUACGAUAUCCCCGAUGUGCCUCAACCAGUAUCUCUUUCCUUUUGUUACUGAAGUGUGUUUUAUGGACUAGGAAGCAUUUCUAUGAAUUGAAAUAGUCUAAAUAAAAUGGUGCUACGGUGUUUUAAUGUGACUGUCCCAGAUCCUGUCUUGCUGAGGUGCUAUCAACGUUCUGAAACCACAACCAACCAAAAACAAGGUGGGCUCCAGUCUCUCUUGGCUUUUCCCUCCCCUCCUCUGGUGCUGUCUUAGACCUGUUUACCGUGCUGUAAUCUGCUCUGAGCAGUGUUUGUCUUGUUUUGUUUUUCUUCCCUUGGCCAAACAGCAAGUCAAGAAGGCAGCUAGCUCCCUUACGGUAGAUGGGAGUGGGACUGCCUGGCUUGGCAGGUGCUUUAGUUUCACACCUGUCGUCUCAGGCUCGAUGAGAGAGAGGGUUUGGGGGUUUGUUUCUGCGUUGUUUUGUUUUGUUUUCUUGAGGAAGGAGAGUUGGGCACUCUUGCCUCUUCCAGCAUGACAGGCAUUCUCCUAGCCAGGGACACUGAUUUUCCUCCUGCUGCCUGGGGUGCUAAGCGGACAUCUCUGGGAGUCCCGAGGGAGCUUCUUCCUCACCGGGCACUGGCUGGGACCAAGGUGGGCAGGGGCUUCACUUCCUUGCGCCUCACAGCCUUUGACCCAAUGUUGCUUCUGCCUCUUUUUGGUCACCCCGCGUGUUCUGACUAAAGGAAGGAUCUUUCUUAGCUCACUCGAUGCCACUGAGGCUGCUUUUUAGUUGGUGCUAAUCUAAAUUUCUUCUUGGGUCCACAGAAGUUGAUGUUUUAAAAACUCAACAGGAAGCUCCAUUAUGUGUCAUCCACUGUCACAAUAACUUUUUGUUAAAUACCUCAAAAACAGGACAUUGUGACAACUUCAGUAAAGUAGAUUCCAUUAGGGUCUGAUAUACCUGCAGGUUGUCUUUUCGAUGAUGUGCUUGACCUUGAAAAAUCUGGGGUCAUUUUGUUUUUCCUUCUUCAGCAGUUAGCAUGGCAGGACGCCUAAAAGGAAGGAGUGUGGUUGACUUUAUUUCGUUUCCUUUUUAAGUUUUGCUUUUGAAUAAGAUGUGAAUUUCCUAUGCCCAUCUCACUGAGCUUUCUCAGUCGUCAUCGCUGUCAUUUGAAAUGACUCAAAACCCGGUUUUAUCAGCCAGCUGCGUCUGCUGUAGAACAUGGCCAACUUCAACAUACCUUGGACCAAAACAACAUUUUGAAGGUGCAUACCCCUAGCGUAGGUCACACAGUCCCACGCCCAUGCGUGCGUAGAGUCUUUCCCACCAGUGCAGGGCGCCUCUCUGGUGCUCCCAACCCUUCUCCCGCUGAGCUGUCGGCAAGAGCAGAGCAAUAGGCUUCUCCCCUGAGCAGAGACCGCAGCACAGAGAUGCAAGGUCGAAAGUUGCUUUUUGCCACAGAAUCAGCGAGCGAUUUGGCCUACUUCCUCAUUUGCUUCUCUUCUGAUAUCAGGGAUGCUUUGUGUAGUGGUAUCGUUUGCUCCCUCUUCUCAUUUUGACAACCCAUCAUUCAGGAGUAACUCAUCACUCUUCUCAUGGGGACUUAAAUUACUCAUUGGCUUCUUUGAACAGUCCAAAUUUUAUUGGUUUCUAAUGCCUUUUUAUUUUCAGGGGGAAAAGGGGGGAGAAAAACAGGAGUGAUGUCAUUUCUUUUUUAUGUAUUCCAAUUAGAGACAAGGGCAAGUCGAAUAGUGGCAUAUUGAUACAUUAGACUAAGUCUAGAAUCCCUGUAGCUUUUCGAUGCGUUUUAUUUCUAUCUCUUUGAAUUCCUGUUUGGUUACUUGGCUUCCAAUGGAGGUGAACUUAACAACCAUACUUGAAUAUUCCGUCUUGACUUUGUAAACUGUGGCUACUUGAAAUGAAGUUUAUCUGGGGUUGAUGGAUGAAUGGUAGAAUUUUGCAAUGUCUCAAGGCAAUAGGAUGUGUAUUAUUAAACUGUAGAUAUUCUUAGUACAGUAAAUUUAUGCUGAUAAUUUUAUUUUGUAUAAUUUUUACCUUUUUGUUAAUAUUUCUCCUUCCACUUUAUUGGUUUGCCUCCUGAGCUACCCCUCCUUAACCUCCCUUCUCCCCCAGUGUUUCAGUAAAUUUAAUUUAGGGUGCCUAGAAAUUGCAAGUAUGUAUCCUUUUUUGAUUUGUAUUUUAUUAUAAUUUACACAAACAACUGGGUUUGUGAACUGUAUUACUCCUGGUAUCUUUAAAAUAUUGUGGGUGUUUUAAUAAAUUUUAUAUUUAUUUUUUGCACUCAAA